UACUAUAUUACACAAUAAAAUGCCGUUGAUUAAUUGUUUUCUAAUCCACGAUAUACCUUAAUAAACCUAAUAAAUGUUGACUCAUUAUGAAGUUAUUCAAUUAUGAGUUAUGAUCAUUUUUUAGCACUUUGAUAUAAAUUACGCAUGCGAAUUAAUAGCUAAAAUAAAUUAAGAAAUCUAGUGUUAAUAAUUUUUUUAAUUACUCCCAACUCGUUAUAAUCUACUUUAGAAUGGAGGGAACAUUGAGCAAAUGGACAAAUGUUGUUAAGGGAUGGCAAUAUCGCUGGUGUGUGCUAGAUGACAUUUCUGGGACACUAUCGUAUUAUACUUCACGUGAGAAAAUGGUGCGUGGAGUACGCCGUGGUUGUGUUCGUUUAAAAGGGGCAAUAAUUGGUAUUGACGACGAAGACAAUCUAACGUUUACUGUAACCGUCGACGGAAAAACAUUCCAUUUUCAAGCAAGAACUCGUGCCGACCGAGAGCUUUGGAUUCGUGCUUUAGAAGACACUGUACAAAAACAAUUGUUUGGCUAUACAGCUAACCAAAUACAGGUCAACAAUGACUCUAUCGUGCCAACACUGGAAGCUUUUGAUAAAAAACUAGGAGAAGCUGAUGCCUAUUUACAACUACUUAUAGAACAAACCAAGAAUUUGGAAAUCAAAAUGUGUUCAAUGUGUGAAGAAGAUAAAGUUCAAUGUGAAUAUUUGUUAUCACAAACAAAUAAAUUAAUGGACCAAGUAAAACAUUCAAUUGUAAUGCUACAAAUUGCCAAGAACACGGCGUUCCCUAUAAACGGUGCGUGUAGAUCAACUUCUAUGUCUACUGAUUAUGAUUUUCCUAGUUUAGAAGGUGAUUCAGGAAGUAUAGAGUAUGGAGCAGAAUGUGAAGAACUCGAAAGAAGAGAUUCUCAACCCAUAGAUAAUGAUGUGCCAGAUGUUUCGUAUUCUUCGUCAGAAGACGAUUUCUAUGAUGCUUAUGAAGAUGAAGAGGAAUGGACAAAAAAAAAUGAAGUAGAGCCAGUGCCUACAAUGCGACGAAAAUACAAAAACCGAAUGAUCACCAGUGGAAAUGAUGCGCCUACAGAAAAUACUAGUCACGUAAGACCAGAUAAUUGUGAUUUAAAUGAAACGCCUGUAGAUAAUAUUAGCAGGAAAUCUUCUACUAUAUCAAAAAAUAAAGAAACCUAUAGAGAUACUAUGAUACCUACUUAUCCUGAUGGUUCUAUAAACUAUGAUGCUAUAUAUGAAGAUCAAGAUGAGUCUGAUGUAACUAUGCAGGGUUCAGUUGUUACCCACUUAAUAUCCCAAGUUAAAAUUGGUAUGGACCUAACCAAAGUAGCGUUACCAACUUUCAUUUUAGAAAAGCGUUCAUUAUUGGAAAUGUAUGCUGAUUAUUUAGCACAUCCGGAUUUAUUCCUUAAAGCAAACGAUUUAAAUACACCAGAAGAACGAAUGCUUCAAAUAGUGCGAUGGUAUUUGUCUUCAUAUCAUGCUGGUCGAAAUUCUUCUGUGGCUAAAAAACCUUACAACCCUAUUCUUGGUGAAGUAUUUCGUUGUCAUUGGGACGUUCCUGGCAUCAAAGAAGACGACUCUGAACCAUCUAAUGACAUUACUACGUCAUCAAAUUUGGAUGCAAUAAAAUUUGAAGAAGAAGAAUCAGAAGAAAAUCCAUUACCUUGGACUGAUUCAGACCAACUAAUAUUUCUAGCCGAACAAGUGUCUCAUCAUCCACCUAUUUCUGCAUUUUACGCUGAACACAAGAAAAAAAAAGUUUCCCUUUGUGCCAAUGUUUGGACCAAAUCCAAGUUUCUUGGGUUAUCUGUUGCUGUUCACAAUGUUGGACAAGGAGUAGUAAGACUUUUAAAACACAAAGAAGAGUAUAUAUCAACGUUCCCUAGUGGAUAUGGAAGAUCUAUCUUAACUGUGCCAUGGAUUGAGUUAGGUGGAUCUGUAACGAUUACUUGUCCACAAACUGGUUACCAUUGUGAAAUAGAAUUUUUAACUAAACCAUUUUACGGUGGAAAAAAACAUCGAGUUACAGCUGAAGUAUUUGCACCGAAAACCAAAAAAUCAUUUGUUACAAUAAGUGGUGAAUGGAAUGGUUCUAUGGAGGCAAAAUAUGCAGAUGGGAGAACCGAAAUGUUUGUCGAUACAAAAGCCGUUGAUGUCAUUAAAAAAAGAGUACGUAAAGUAGCUGAACAAGAACCAAAUGAAUCAAGAGUAAUUUGGAAAGAAGUGACAUUAGGCCUUAAAGUUGACAAUGUUGAUCAAGCUAGUCAGGCUAAAGCUGACAUAGAACAAAAACAAAGAAAUGAAGCUGAAGCACGGAGAGAACGCAAUGAAACCUGGAUACCAAAGUGGUUUGUACGAAAUGGUGAAAGUUGGGAAUAUAAGUAUCCGCUAGAGAAGCGUGUUGGUGUUACAUUUAAUUCACAUCCUUCUUGACAUCCUUGAGUUCAUAUUAAUAAAAGUACUAAAUUAUCUAUAUCACUUUAAAAAAAAUGUAUCGAAGAUAUUACUAUUUUAGAAAAAUUUUAAUGAUCAAUAUAUUUUAUUUUUGUUCCAAAAGUUUUUAUCCAUCGACUUUAAAAAAAAAUUGGUUAACAGCCAAAAUUUUGUUGCAAUCAAACUAUAUUAUUAUUGUAUUUUGUGUACGUUAAGUCGGAAUAGUGAAAUUUUGUCAUUAUUGUUGUUACCUGUGUUAAUGUUUAAUGUAUAUUAUUCAAUUUGAUUAUGAAACCAUUUCAUACAUAUAUAUGUAUGUAUUUACUAGCCUAUUUAGAUCUUUAAGUUUUGGUACUGAUUUUGUUAUUAUUAUAAUUAUAAUGCUAUGUCCAUGAAAAAAAGGUACACAAUUUAUAUUAUUUAUUACAUAUUAUUAUUAUAACUGUUUGUAUGUGUAGUGCCUAAUUUCUUACCUAGAACCUGGAAAGAAAAGAACAAUAUAAUCUUUAAUUAUUUAACCAACUAAAACGUGAUUAACCUUUUUUUUCUUUGAAUUGUUAAAAUUUUAAUUAAAUUAUAUUUUGUCAGCAUAAAAAUGAUUACUUUUUUUAUAUUUUAUAAUUUUCUUUACAUUUACAAACCACUAUCAUUGAAUUAC